AUGUCAUUUAAAUUUAGAAAUGUUGAUAUUUAUUUUGAAGUUGGUGAUAUUUUUACUAGUAAUGUUGAUGCUAUUUGUAUAUCCACAAAUUCAAAACUUGACUUAAAUGUUGGAGCUGGUAAAGCAUUACAUCGAAAAGUUGGAAAUACACUGAAUUCUGUUAUUUUUGAUGAGAAAAAGAAAAUAACACAAUCAACAGGAAUUGUUGUUAUUGAUGGUGGUGAGAUACUUGAUAACAAAAAGAUUAUGUUUGCCAUAAUAAGAGGUACUGAUAUUGGACUUCUUUACGAUGUUUAUGAGAAAAUUUUUGAAAAAGCUAUUCAAGAACAGUUUAAAACUAUUGCAUUAACUGCUAUUGGUGCAGGUAAUUUACAUGUUCCAUUAUCAUUUGCCUCAACAUGUGCCUUUACGGCCAUAAAUCGUUUUGAUAAUUUUGGAAGUUUAGAAAAAAUAUAUUUUAAAGAUAUAAAUGAAAGAACAAUAAAAACAUAUCAAAGAAGUUUUCAAAGAUUAUUUGGAAGUAGUGGAAAUAAUAUUUCUAACGAAUUAGAUGAAGAUGAUGAGGAAGAUACAGGUGAAGUAGAAAAUAUUGAAUCAACAAGUAUGACCAUUUUAACGGAAGAUGAUAGAAGUAAAUUAGAAGAAGAUGAUAAGUGUGCAAUUUGUUUGUCAAAUUUUUUUGAAUCAACUGAAUGUGCCGUUAAAUUAAGAUUAUGUAGGCAUAUAUUUCACCAGGACUGUAUUAAUGAGGCUUUUAAAAUGAGACCACGAUGUCCAUUGUGUUUAAAAAUUUAUGUUACAGCAAUGGGACCACAACCACGUGGUGGAAGUAUGGUUUCAAGAAUUGUAAGUGGACGAGUACCUGGUUUUCCAGAUGCUAAUGGUUUUAUAGAGAUACGAUAUAAAAUACCUAGUGGUAUGCAAAGUGAACAACAUAUACGUCCAGGAUUACCUUAUCUUGGUGUUACUAGAAUUGCUUAUCUUCCAAAUACUGAGGAAGGAGCAAAAUGUUUGAAAUUAUUAGAAAUUGCCUUCAAAAUGAGACUAACAUUUACUGUUUCUGAUUCUCUUACAACCAGAAAAAGAAAUGUAUGUGUAUGGAAUGGAAUUCACCACAAAACAUCAAAAGAAGGUGGACCUUUCGGAUAUCCUGACUCAGGUUAUCUAACACGUCUCCAAUAUGAAUUGAGAGACUUGGGAAUUACAGAAGAAUUUCUUGAACAAUAA